GUUUUCACGGCACCAGGAUCCCACCUUUCCAAACCCCAUCCUUCCUGCCUCUUUUUUUCUCCUAGACUAAGACAAGAGUCCGUGUGCCUCCUGUGAGCGGGAGGGGUGGGGAGGGAUCAUGGAGUGGGACAAGGCCUCCGCCGCGGCGGCGGCGGCGGCGGCCGGCGAGACGGCGGAGGAGAGGGGCGGCGCGGGGGACGCGCUGGGGUACGUCAAGGUGAUGACGGACGAGCAGAUGGAGGUGCUCCGGAAGCAGAUCUCCAUCUACGCCACCAUCUGCGAGCAGCUCGUCGAGAUGCACCGCGCGCUCACCGCGCACCAGGACUCCAUUGCAGGCAUGAGGCUAGGUAAUCUGUACUGUGAUCCUCUAAUGGUUCACGGAGGCCACAAGAUCACAGCAAGGCAGCGAUGGACACCAACGCAGAUGCAGCUGCAGAUCCUCGAGAGCAUUUUUGACCAGGGAAAUGGAACACCAAGCAAGCAAAAGAUAAAAGACAUCACUGCGGAGCUCUCGCAGCACGGACAGAUCUCGGAGACCAACGUCUACAACUGGUUCCAGAACAGGCGUGCACGCUCAAAGCGGAAGCAGGCGGCUUCUUCUCUACCAAACAACGCCGAAUCAGAAGCCGAGGGGGACGAGGAGUCCCCGACCGACAAGAAGCCUAGAUCAGACGGGUCACAGCAGCAGAGCAUGGCCAUGAGGGCUCACAACCCUGAUAGGAUCUCGGAGAUGCAUCGUCACUUUGACGCAGCAGAGCGUGAGCAGGUUCGCGGUCCGAUGUAUGGGUCCAGCAACGACAGUGGGGCGAGAUCUUCUGGCGGUCUAGGCCAGAUGUCCUUCUACGAGAACGUCAUUUCGAAUCCAAGAAUUGACCAGUUCUUCCAAUAUCGGACGGGUGAAAGCUUCGACAUGUCUGGGUGACACGUUGUUUAGCCGACAGUAAUUGGGGCCUAAGAAGUUUGCCUUGGUGUAAAAAGCAGCAUGCGUUGGUUAUCGUGGUCUUGUCGACCUCCUCCGGAGAGUAGUUUAGCUCGAGUGGAAUUGGUUUGAUUUUCUCGUGGAAAUAGUUUGAGAAGCUGAUAUAUACAGUAUUUGCCCUUAGCCUAUAUAUUAACUUCAAGUGCUGGUAUGCAGACUCAGGUUUGCAGUUUUA